UGGUCGAGAGGCACAGAUCAGGUGUGGCAAGUGCAGACAUCUCACAGAAAAAAAAUUAACAGUCCUUGCAAAAUGAAGGUUUUCUCAGCUCUGUGUUUGCUGGCUGUGGUAGCCGCGGCCAUCGCUGCUCCUAGUGACCCGGCUGUGCUAGUGCCCCACGUCUCCCCAACUGCCCACAGUGAGUCUAGCGUCAUUACCUCAGCACACGACUCGGAGGACCAUGAAGAACCUGCCUCCACCGACGAGGACGAACACGUCUUCGGAGGUUCUCGUCACACAGUCGUCGACAGUGAGGACUAUAGCGUUGCACCGAGCCCCGACCAUGGAUCUUUCGGAAGCCGACCCACCAGAACUGUUACUUUGGAGGCUAACCACCCAGUUGCUGGACACGCCGCCAGCAGCUCCCACGACGAGGCCUCCGGCAGCAGCGCCAUCUUGAGGCCACAGAGGCAGGAGACCACCACUCGCCGCGGAAUCCCUGUAGGUAGCGGCUGAACAGAAAGGCUUUUUCUUUUUUCUUCUUCUUCCUCUUCUUAUUU